AUGUUUGGAAGUUAUAUAUUACUUAUAUAUAUCCCACUCAAAUCUGUGUACACUUAUACACACACGCAAUGGGAUGGUAGUAUUCACAUACAAUUCGUAUUCAAACUGUGUGCUACUACACACACGCACCUCUCACUCACCUCUGUGACACAGCAAGAGUUACUGGCGGAGAAUGCGUUGUUACAGAAGAAUGUGACCAGACUCAAGAAGACGCUGGCCGACACCACAGCCCAACUGAGUGAUAUCACGCGGGAGACGGAGACAUUCAGGGCAAACCAAACCAAAAUGAACUCUGAGCUGUCGUUCCACAAAGAUAAGACAUCACUCACGUCAAGGCAUCUCACACGUGCCCGUGCAGAAUCAAUGAACCUUACGAAGGAGUCACAGAGCAAGGACAAAGAUAUCGAGGCACUCAACAAACGAAUAAAAAAACUGGAGACUCAACUGAGUCUGAUGACACGCACCGAACCAUCGCUCACAGACAUUGAUGCCGAAAGGGAGGAACUACUCGUAUUGAGAGAAGAGAAGGAAUAUCUGCUGGACUAUCUGGACCAGAUGAUAUCCGUGCUGGAUGGCAAGCCCAAAG